AUGAAGCUUGAUGGGAUCGUGGUGGAGUUAGAAAAAAACUCCAUCAAAGUUGACGAUGAACUCUGCAAAAACCUGAUUGACACCAAGUCCUUCCUCAAAAUAUGUGAGAGCGACCACUGUUCUGGUAAAAGCAGCGGCAUCUCCUGCAUGUGUUCAACCAUAUCAGAGUACUCCCGUCAAUGUGCACAUGCAGGCGGUUCACCACAACGAUGGAAAAAAACAAAAAAACUAUGUGCCAAAAAAUGUCCUUUCAACAUGGUGUACAAGGAAUGUGGUAGUGCCUGUGCUGACACCUGCAGCAACGUACAGAGAAGCAAAGUCUGUGUAGAGCACUGUGUGGAUGGAUGCUUCUGUCCAGCUGGGACCGUCUACGAUGACAUUACGAAUAAAGGGUGUGUUUGUAUUGAUCAUUGCUCCUGUCGACACAACGGCAAAACCUACAAACCUAUGGAGUCGUACUCAACAGCCUGUCGAGAAUGUACGUGCACUCGUGGUCAGUGGAAGUGUGAGGAUAAAAAGUGUCCAGGUGUUUGCUCCAUACUGGGUGGUUCUCACAUCUCCACUUAUGAUGAUAAAACGUAUACUUUCCAUGGAGAGUGCUCUUACAUUCUGACAAAGGAAACUGAAGGUGCUUUCACUGUUGUUGGUGACCUGGAUAAAUGUGGAAAAUCAGAUAAAUCAACGUGUCUGUCUGCUGUAACUAUCCUGCUACCAAACAGCAAGGUGAUUGUAAUUAAAGACAGUGGACAGGUCAGUUUUAAUAAACUGGUGUCCAAACUUCCUUUUUUCACAGAUGACCUAACAAUCUUUCAGCCCUCCACCUUUUACAUUGUUGUCCACACCAUGUCCGGACUUGAUCUUGAAAUUCAGAUCGAACCAAUUAUGCAGAUCUACAUUAAAUCCUUUGUUUCCCAUAAAGGAAAACUCACUGGCCUUUGUGGAAAUUUUAAUGAUGUUGAAGCUGAUGACUUCAAAACCACAAGUGGACUGACUGAGGGAACAGCUGUGGUAUUUGGCAACAAAUGGAAGACAAAAGCAACCUGCCCAGAUGUGAAAAAAGUACCUGGGAACCCUUGCACUUUGAGUAUAGACAAAGAGAGGUACGCCAAACACUGGUGUUCCUUACUGUCAGACUCAAAUGGUGCUUUUGCCAGAUGUCAUGUUGCUGUAAACCCAGAAGAGUAUGAAACUUCUUGUAUUUAUGACACCUGUGCAUGUGAAAACAGUGAGGACUGCAUGUGUGCUGCCAUCUCCUCCUACGUUCAUGAAUGUGCAGCUGAAGGUGUCUUUUUGGAUAACUGGAGGAACAAAACCCCAUGCAAUAAAUACACAACUAGCUGUCCUCCCACCUUCUUGUAUGAUUACCAGAUGACAAGUUGCGGUCACACUUGCCGCUCUCUUAGUCAGUCAGACUCAACAUGUGAGGUUAAAUUUACCCCGGUUGAUGGAUGUGGUUGUGCUAAAGGAACUUACCUGAAUGAGAAGGGAGAGUGUGUCUUGGCCUCACAAUGUCCUUGCUAUGCCGGGGACACAGUGGUGCAUUCAGGCCAAGUUGUUAAAGUCCAAAGACAAACUUGCUCUUGCAGAGAUGGAGAAUUAAGCUGUAAAGGAGGCCAGAUAAUUGACUCAUGCACCAAUCCAAUGGUUUUCUUCAACUGCUCAAAUGUAAAGUCUGGCGCAAAGGGAUCAGAAUGCCAAAAAAGCUGCCAAACGCUAGACACAGAAUGUGUCAGUCAACAGUGUGUGUCAGGUUGUGUAUGUCCUGAAGGCCUGCUGUCAGAUGGAAAAGGAGGCUGUGUUGAAAAGCAGGACUGCCCGUGCACACAUAAUGGAGAGUCAUAUAUCCCUGGACAGACCAUCAAGGUGGACUGUAAUACCUGCACUUGUAAAAACCAAAAAUGGGAAUGUACAAAUAAGGAAUGUGAUGGAACCUGCAUCAUAUAUGGAGAAGGACAUUACAUGACUUUUGAUGACAAGAAAUUCUCAUUUAAUGGUGACUGUGGCUACAUUUUCACAAAGGAUUACUGUGGAGAUGAACUGAACGGUACCUUCAGGGUUGUCACUGAGAGCAUCCCAUGUGGAACAACUGAAAGCAUCUGCUCGACUGCUAUCAAGCUGCAUUUAGGGAAUAAUGAAAUGGUUCUUUCAGAGGAAAAUGUUAAAGUAAUUAAACAAAAACAAGGGAUUGAAAUACCCUAUAAGAUCCACACUGUUGGUUUAUAUGUUGUUAUUGAGGCAAAGAAUGGGCUUGUUCUCAUUUGGAAUAAGAAAACAACAGUGAUGAUCAAACUCAGCUCCACAUUUAAGGGUAAAGUCUGUGGCCUUUGUGGGAAUUAUGAUGGAAACGUGAAAAAUGAUUUCACCACCAGCAGCAAAGAAGUUGUGGUUGAAGCUCAUGAGUUUGGGGACAGCUGGAAAGUGUCAGACUCCUGCCCUGAUACAAAACCUCCUAAAAAUCCCUGCUCAUUAUACUCACAUAGGCAGGCAUGGGCAUUGAAACACUGCAGCAUCAUAAACAGUGAUGUAUUUUCUAGCUGCCAUUCAAAGGUGGAGCCUGAUAAAUAUUAUGAUGCUUGUGUGAGAGACACAUGUGCCUGCAACACAGGAGGAGACUGUGAGUGUUUCUGUUCGGCUGUAGCAGCCUACGCUGCAGCCUGUAAUGAGGCUGGAGCCUGUGUCAAAUGGAGAACACCCACAAUAUGCCCUGUUUUCUGUGACUAUUACAACCCUGAGGGAUAUUGUGAAUGGCACUACGAGCCAUGUGGAAAACCAUGCAUGAAGACAUGUAGGAAUCCCACAGGAAGAUGCUACAAUCAAAUUCCAGCUUUGGAAGGCUGCUAUCCACGUUGCCCGCCUGAACGCCCCUAUUUGGAUGAACUUACUAUGAAGUGUGUAUCAAAGAGAGAAUGUGGCUGCUAUGAUGAAGAGGAGAUGCACUAUGAAGAUGGGGAACUCAUGCCUACACAGGAAAACUGUCAGAAGUGUGAGUGUUGUAAAACAAAGAGGAAGUGCACAUAUAAUGUCCAAAGUUGCACUUGUUCGUAUGAAGGACGUAUAUACAAAUAUGGAGAUACAGUCUAUGACACACAUGAUGGAAAUGGAACUUGUUUUACUGCUGUUUGUGGAGACGGGGGAAAUAUCAAGAGAACCAUAGAGACAUGCCGUACAGUGACCACCACACAGAAGCCACCUACAACAAGUUUUGUUUUUACCACAUCUGGCAGUGAAACACCAGGAACAACAACACAGAUGUCUCCAGCUCCAACAGGAACAUUGCCUGAAUCCACAUCUUCUUCUGUUGCAACAACCAGUGACUGCUAUGUUUGUGAGUGGUCAGACUGGAAUGAUAAUCAUUACCCUGAUGAUGACGCAGAUGGUGGAGAUCCAACCACGUUCAACAUCAACAGGUUCAACAACUUCUAUGACAUCUACAUUGCCUCCAUCCACAACUACUUCAGGCACAGAAAAGCCCACAACAACAACACAAGUCACAGGUACUGUGACUUCAACACCACCACCAACAAGAUCCCAAGUUGCAACUACAACAACAAAGACUGUGACAACAGUUCAAUGGAGCUCAACAUCAAAAGGUUCAACAACUUCUAUGACAUCUACAUUACCUCCAUCUACAACUACAUCAGUGACAACAGUCCAACCACAUUCAACAUCAACAGGUUCAACAACUUAUAUGACAUCUACAUUGCUGCAAUCCACAACUACAUCAGGCACAGAAAAGCCCACAACAACAACACAAGUCACAGUCCAACCACAUUCAACAUCAACAGGUUCAACAACUUAUAUGACAUCGACAUUGCCACAAUCCACAACUACUUCAGGCACAGAAAAGCCAACAACAACACAAGUCACAGAAACCACAGAAAAACCCACUACAACAUUAGGAGUCACAGAACAGUCUAUUACUACAACAAAAACCACCGGAACACCACGUCAGACAUUGUCUACUUCCGCUGUUACUCCCAAAACAGUGACAACAGUCCAACCACGUUCAACAUCAACAGGUUCAACAACUUAUAUGACAUCUACAUUGCCGCAAUCCACAACUACAUCAGGCACAGAAAAGCCCACAACAACAACACAAGUCACAGUCCAACCACAUUCAACAUCAACAGGUUCAACAACUUAUAUGACAUCGACAUUACCACAAUCCACAACUACUUCAGGCAGAGAAAAGCCAACAACAACACAAGUCACAGGUUCUGUGACUUCAACACCACCACCAACAAGAUCCCAAGUUGCAACUACAACAACAAAGACAGUGACAACAGUUCAAUGGAGUUCAACAUCAAAAGGUUCAACAACUUCUAUGACAUCUACAUUACUUCCAUCUACAACAACAUCAGGCACAGAAAUGCCCACAACAACAACACAAGCACAGAAAAGCCCACAACAACAACACAAGUCACAGCCAAGUCGACAACAAUGUCACUGCCCACUGAAACCCCACGCAUAACAGAAACCACAGAAAAACCCACAACAUCAGGAGUCACAGAACAGUCUACCACUACAACAGAAACCACUGGAGCACCAGGCACACCACGUCAGACAUUUUCUACUUCAACUAUUACUACCAAAGCAGUGACAACAGUCCAACCACAUUCAGCAUCCACAGGUUCAACAACCUAUAUGACAUCUACAUUGCCUCCAUCUCCAACUACAUCAGUCACAGAAAACCCUACAACAACACAAGUGACAGCCAAGUCUACAACAAUAAUAAUCCCCACUGAAACCCCAUACACACCAACAGAAACCACAGAAAAACCCACGACAACAUUAAGAGUCACAGAACAAUCUACUGCCAUAACAAAAACCACUGGAACUCCAGGUACACCACGUCAGACAUUUUCUACUUCAACUGUUUCUACCAAAGCAGUGACAACAGUCCAACCACAUUCAACAUCCACAGGCUCAACAACUUCUAUGACAUCUACAUUGCCUCCAUCUACAACUACACCAGGCACAGAAAAGCCAACAACAACACAGGUGAAAGCCAAGUCUACAACAACAAUAAUCCCCACUGAAACCCCAUACACACCAACAGAAACCACAGAAAAGCCCACAACAACAACACAAGUUACAGCCAAGUCUACAACAAUAAUAAUCCCCACCGAAACCCCAUACACACCAACAGAAACCACAGAAAAAACAACUACAGCAACACAAGUCACAGAACUUUCUUUUACAACAAGGAAACCCACUGAAACAACAACAGCAGAAGUCACAGAAAAGUCGACCACAACAACACCUGAAGUUGUAACAGGUAGUGCAACUUCAACAACACCACCAAGACCCCAAGUGAAAACUACAACAAAGGCAGUAACAACAGUUCAAUGGAGUUCAACAUCAAGAGGUUCAACAACUUCUAUGACAUCUACAUUGUAUCCAUCGACAGCGACAUCAGGCACAGAAAAGCCCACAACAUCAACACAAGUCACAGCCAAGUCAACAACAAUGUCACUGCCCACUGAAACCCCACACAUAACAACAGAAACCACAGAAAAGGCCGCAACAACAGCAGAAGUUACAGAGACGUUGACCACAAGAACAGAAACCACAAAAAUACCCACAACAACAUCAGGAGUCACAGAACAGUCUACCACUACAACAAAAACCACUGGAACACCAGGCACACCACGUCAGACAUUUUCUACUUCAACUGUUACGACCAAAGCAGUGACAACAGUCCAACCACGUUCAACAUCCAUAGGUUCAACAACCUAUAUGACAUCUACAUUGCCUCCAUCUCCAACUACAUCAGGCACAGAAAAGCCCACAACAACACAAGUGACAGCCAAGUCUACAACAAUAAUAAUGCCCACUGAAACCCCAUACACACCAACAGAAACCACAGAAAAACCCACUACAACAUCAAGAAUCACAGAACAGUCUACCACCACGACAAAAACCACUAGAACACCAGGCACACCACGUCAGACAUUUUCUACUUCAACUGUUUCUACUAAAGCAGUGACAACAGUCCAACCACGUUCAACAUCCACAGGUUCAACAACUUCUAUGACAUCUACAUUGCCUACAUCUCCAACUACAUCAGACACAGAAAAGCCCACAACAACACAAGUGACAGCCAAGUCUACAACAAUAAUAAUCCCCACCGAAACCCCAUACACACCAACAGAAACCACAGAAAAGCCCACUACAACGUCAAGAGUCACAGAACAGUCUACGGUCUCAACAAAAACCACUGGAACACCAGGCACACCACGUCAGACAUUUUCUACUUCAACUGUUACUACCAAAGCAGUGACAACAGUCCAACCACAUUCAACAUCCACAAGUUCAACAGCCUAUAUGACAUCUACAUUGCCUCCAUCUCCAACUACAUCAGGCACAGAAAUGCCCACAACAUCAACACAAGUCACAGCCAAGUCCACAACAAUGUCACUGCCCACUGAAACCCCAUACAUAACAACAGGAACCACAGAAAAGCCCACAACAACAGCAGAAGUUACAGAGACAUUGACCACAAGAACAGAAACCACAGAAAUACCCACAACAACAUCAGGAGUCACAGAACAGUCUACCACUACAACAGAAACCACUGGACCACCAGGUACACCACGCCAGACAUUUUCUACUUCAACUGUUUCUACCAAAGCAGUGACAACAGUCCAACCACGUUCAACAUCCACAGGUUCAACAAUCUAUAUAACAUCUACAUUGCCUCCAUCUCCAACUACACCAGGCACAGAAAAGCCCAAAACAACACAAGUGACAGCCAAGUCUACAACAAUAAUAAUCCCCACCGAAACCCCAUACACACCAACAGAAACCACAGAAAAAACAACUACAACAACACAAGUCACAGAACUUUCUUCUACAACAAGGAAACCCACUGAAACAACAACAGCAGAAGUCACAGAAAAGUCAACCACAACAACACCUGAAGUUGCAACAGGUAGUGCGACGUCAACAAUACCACCAAGACCCCAAGUGAAAACUACAACAAAGGCAGUAACAACAGUUCAAUGGAGUUCAACAUCAAGAGGUUCAACAACUUCUAUGGCAUCUACAUUGUAUCCAUCGACUACUACAUCAGACACAGAAAAGCCUACAACAUCAACACAAGUCACAGCCAAGUCCACAACAAUGUCACUGCCCACUGAAACCCCAUACAUAACAACAGGAACCACAGAAAAGCUCACAACAACAGCAGAAGUUACAGAGACGUUGACCACAAGAACAGAAACCACAGAAAUACCCACAACAACAUCAGGAGUCACAGAACAGUCUACCACUACAACAAAAACCACUGGAACACCAGGUACACCACGUCAGACAUUUUCUACUUCAGCUGUUACUACCAAAGCAGUGACAACAGUCCAACUACGUUCAACAUCCACAGGUUCAACAAUCUAUAUAACAUCUACAUUGCCUCCAUCUCCAACUACAUCAGGCAGAGAAAAGUCCACAACAACACAAGUGACAGCCAAGUCUACAACAAUAAUAAUGCCCACUGAAACCCCAUACACACCAACAGAAACCACAGAAAAGCCCACUACAACAUCAGGAGUCACAGAACAGUCUACCGUCACAACAAAAACCACUGGAACACCAAGCACACCACGUCAGACAUUAUCUACUUCAGCUGUUACUACCAAAGCAGUGACAACAGUCCAACCACAUUCAACAUCCACAAAUUCAACAACCUAUAUGACAUCUACAUUGCCUCCAUCUCCAACUACAUCAGGCACAGAAAUGCCCACAACAUCAACACAAGUCACAGCCAAGUCCACAACAAUGUCACUGCCCACUGAAACCCCACACAUAGCAACAGAAACCACAGAAAAGCCCACAACAACAGCACAAGUUACAGAGACAUUGACCACAAGAACAGAAACCACAGAAAUACCCACAACAACAUCAGGAGUCACAGAACAGUCUACCACUACAGCAAAAACCACUGGAACACCAGGUACACCACGCCAGACAUUAUCUACUUCAACUGUUACUACCAAAGCAGUGACAACAGUCCAACCACAUUCAACAUCCACAGGUUCAACAACCUAUAUGACAUCUACAUUGCCUCCAUCUUCAACUACACCAGGCACAGAAAAGCCCACAACAACACAAGUUACAGCCAAGCCUACAACAAUAAUAAUCCGCACUGAAACCCCAUACACACCAAUAGAAACCACAGAAAACCCAACUACAACAACACAAGUCACAGAACUUUCCUCUACAACAAGGAAACCCACUGAAACAACAACAGCAGAAGUCACAGAAAAGUCAACCACAACAACUCCUGAAGCUGCAACAGGUAGUGCAACUUCAGCAACAGCACCAAGACCCCAAGUGAAAACUACAACAAAGGCAGUAACAACAGUUCAAUGGAGUUCAACAUCAAGAAGUUCAACAACUUCUGUGACAUCUGCAUUGUAUCCAUCAACAACAACAUCAGGCACAGAAAAGCCCACAACAUCAACACAAGUCACAGCCAAGUCCACAACAAUGUCACUGCCCACUGAAACCCCAUACAUAACAACAGGAACCACAGAAAAGCUCACAACAGCAGAAGUUACAGAGACAUUGACCACAAGAACAGAAACCACAGAAAUACCCACAACAACAUCAGGAGUCACAGAACAGUCCACCACUACAACAAAAACCACUGGAACACCAGGUACACCACGUCAGACAUUUUCUACUUCAGCUGUUACUACCAAAGCAGUGACAACAGUCCAACUACGUUCAACAUCCACAGGUUCAACAAUCUAUAUAACAUCUACAUUGCCUCCAUCUCCAACUACAUCAGGCAGAGAAAAGCCCACAACAACACAAGUGACAGCCAAGUCUACAACAAUAAUAAUGCCCACUGAAACCCCAUAUAUACCAACAGAAGCCACAGAAAAGCCCACAACAACACAAGUGACAGCCAAGUCUACAACAAUAAUAAUCCCCACCGAAACCCCUUACACACCAACAGAAACCACAGAAAAGCCCACUACAAUGUCAAGAGUCACAGAACAGUCUACCACUACAACAAAAACCACUGGAACACCAAGCACACCACGUCAGACAUUAUCUACUUCAACUGUUACUACCAAAGCAGUGACAACAGUCCAACCACAUUCAACAUCUACAGGUUCAACAACCUAUAUGACCUCUACAUUGCCUCCAUCUCCAACUACACCAGGUACAGAAAAGCCCACAACAACACAAGUUACAGCCAAGUCUACAACAAUAAUAAUCCCCACCGAAACCCCAUACACACCAGUAGAAACCACUGAAAAACCAACUAUAACAACACAAGUCACAGAACUUUCUUCUACAACAAGGAAACCCACUGAAACAACAACAGCAGAAGUCACAGAAAAGUCAACCACAACAACACCUGAAGUUGCAACAGGUAGUGCGACUUCAACAACAGCACCAAGACCCCAAGUGAAAACUACAACAAAGGCAGUAACAACAGUUCAAUGGAGUUCAACAUCAAGAGGUUCAACAACUUCUAUGACAUCUACAUUGUAUCCAUCAACAACAACAUCAGGCACAGAAAAGCCCACAACAUCAACACAAGUCACAGCCAAGUCCACAACAAUGUCACUGCCCACUGAAACCCCACACAUAGCAACAGAAACCACAGAAAAGCCCACAACAACAGCAGAAGUUACAGAGACGUUGACCACAAGAACAGAAACCACAGAAAUACCCACAACAACAUCAGGAGUCACAGAACAGUCCACCACUACAACAAAAACCACUGGAACACCAGGUACACCACGUCAGACAUUUUCUACUUCAACUGUUUCUACAAAAGCAGUGACAACAGUCCAACCACGUUCAACAUCCACAGGUUCAACAACCUUUAUGACAUCUACAUUGCCUCCAUCUCCAACUACACCAGGCACAGAAAAGCCCACAAUAACACAAGUUACAGCCAAGUCUACAACAACAAUAAUCCCCACCGAAACUCCAUACAUACCAACAGAAACCACAGAAAAUCCCAUUAUAACUGUUCCUCUCUCUACAACAUUGCUGUCUACAACUAUUCAAUCUUCCACACCACUCAAGACAACAUCAUGCUUCUGCACCUUCAUGGAUAACGUUUUCUCUGCUGGUACUUUGAUGUACAAUAAGACGGAUGGAGCUGGCUGGUGUUACACUGCAUACUGCAAUUCGACAUGUGGUGUUGAGAAGUUUGGUCAACCAUGUCAUAUUACAACUCCACCAACUCCUGUAACAACUACAAUAAGCUCUCGCACACCUACAGUGAAGCCUCCCCCAGACUGUUCAUAUCUCAAUCCACCGAGAAAGAAUGGUGAGACUUGGAGGUCAAAUAAAUGCACUACUGAAACGUGUGACAGUGGUAAAGUGAUUUCAGAACAUGUGACCUGUGAAGAAGUGACCAAACCUAUAUGUGAUAAUGGCUAUGAACCAUUGAAGGUUUACGAUGCAUCAGGUUGCUGUUUUAACUAUGAGUGCAGAUGUGUAUGUGCUGGAUGGGGAGAUCCGCAUUAUGUGACAUUUGAUGGUCAAUAUUACAGCUUUCAGAAAAACUGCACAUAUGUCCUGGUUAAAGAGAUUAUUCAUCGAUAUGACUUUAAGAUCUUGAUUGACAGUGAAAACUGUGAUGCCUCUGAAACUGUGACCUGUGCACGUGCAUUCAUUGUUCACUACAAAAACUACAACAUUGUUCUCACACAGGAAAGAAACUCAAAAACUGUCAAUAUGGUUUCCGUCAACGAUAAGCAGGUACACCCAACCUACUCCAAUGAUGACUUCAUCAUCACAAGCACAUCAAUAGAGCUGCUUUUGAGAAUCCCAGCUAUUGAAGCAGUUGUGACAUUCAAAGGGCUUUUAUUUAGCAUUGAACUACCAUUUUCCCUUUUCCACAACAACACAGAAGGACAGUGUGGUACCUGUGACAAUAACAUUGAGAAUGACUGCAGAUUACCAAAUGGACAGAUUCAUCCUUCUUGCCCUGACAUGGCACAUGAGUGGAAGGUUACAGAUAAGAAGAAGCCAUAUUGUGAGAAGCCACCACCAACACCACCACAACCAAGACCUACACCACAACCCUGCAAUCCUGAUAUUUGUGAAAUUUUAAUCAGCAAGGUGUUUGAAGAAUGUCACAGAGUCAUCAACCCAAAACCAUUUUACGCCGCUUGUAAAUUUGAUGUCUGUGAAACAAAUGCCACCAUGGGUUGCUCCAGUUUAGAGAUGUAUGCCACAUUGUGUGCUGAAUCAUCUGUGUGUGUGCCCUGGAGGAACGCUACACAUGGACAGUGUGAGUACAACUGUCCAAAACAUCAAGUCUACAAACCUUGUGGGCCAACAGUUAUACCAACUUGCAAUGCAAGAUACAAUGAGAAGUACACACAUUGUGAGGGACCAGGGUGUAACUUAUUCACGGAAGGAUGUUUCUGCCCAGAGGGUUUGACACUGUUCAAUUCACACUCAGACAUCUGUGUCUCCUCAUGUUGCACUGGACCUGAUGGCUUUCCUAAAGAGACUUGGCAGAGUGGCUGUGAGCAGUGUGUUUGUGACAAGGACACACUAGACGUUCAGUGUACACCUGUUACCUGUCCAACUCUAAAACCUAUAACCUGUGACAAGGAGGGUGAGGUGUUGGUGAACCGAACAGUGGACUGUUGUCAGAAAAUGACAUGUGAAUGUGAUACAAAACGUUGUCGGCCACCACCGGACUGCAAACUGGGAUUUCAGCCGGAGAAAGAUGUCUCAAAUGACAUUUGCUGCCCAGUUCACCGCUGUGUGCCAAAAGAUGUGUGUGUGUUCAAUGGCAUCGAGUACAAGACAGGAAUGGACUUCUUCAAAAAUCCAUGUGAAGCAUGCAGCUGUACUGGAAUUCAAGAUCCCAUCACCAUGCUGAAAAAGAUUGAGUGUCACAAGACAAUGUGCACAAUACGUUGUGCAGAGGGCCACGUCUAUGAGGACAAACCUGGAGAGUGUUGUGGAUCAUGUAAAAAGAUAAGCUGUGUUUUGUCACCUCCUGGAUUGAUUUCUCCUGUUAUUAUUAAGCCUUCUGAGUCUUGGUCACCACCAAAUGACAACUGUACCAGGUAUGACUGUCAAAAAGAGGAGGACGACUUCACCAUUUCUGUCAGCCGAAUAAAGUGUCCUGAGUUUGACCCAGACAACUGCGUCCCUGGAAGUGAACAAAGUGACAUGAAUGGUUGUUGCAAAACAUGUACUCCUCGACACGACUGUUUAGUGAAAAAGAAAACCACCUUCCUGAAGAUAAAGAACUGCGAGUCAGUUGAGCCAGUGGAACUCACUUCCUGUGAGGGAUCAUGUGGAACUUCUUCAUCCAUGUACUCAGCAGAGAGCAACAGUGUGAUGCAUUCAUGCUCAUGUUGUCAAGAAAUGGCGACCAGUAAGAAGGAGGUGGAGAUGAGGUGCACUGACGGCAGCACGAUACAGCAAACCUACAUUUCAAUUGACAAGUGUGGUUGUGAGGUCGCUAAAUGUAAAGAGAGCACAUGAGAUUAAUUCAAGGAUUCACCUGACUGAAGGAAAACCUGACCGAUAUGGCUUUAAACUUCUUUUUGGAAAAUCUAGUUUCUUCUGUAAGAGAAUCAAGACUCAGUAUGUGAAGAUGCAUUUUGUUGGUUAGCCUUCCAAAUACAAGUAGAAACAGGAUUAAAAAGUAAAAGUCGUCUUUGUUAAAACUAUGAACUGUAUAUGUGCAAAAUAAUGACAAAAAGCGACACUUGCAAGGGUGUCUAAAAGGUAUAACAAUGUCUAGAGAAACAUAUAAAUAAUAUAUCACAACAUAGUGGUCGUAUUUUGAGUGUUUGUGAAGCAUAACAUGUAUCCAGAGAAAACACUGAUCUAAAUUUUGUGAUUUAGGAAAUUUUGACGUUCAUUAAAAAUGCAAAUUUUAUUCAUUUGAAUUAAUUCCAGUCCUAAUUCAAUGAAUGCAUCACCUUAAAGUUUCAAUCUUAAAAUAUCCAAAAGUACUUAAAAUAAUAUACUAUGAGAGUUUAGAGUGUUAAAAAAAAAAAUUGGUGUUAUGCCAAACAUAUCACUGUAAUACAGAUCUGUACUAAGUAAUCAGUCAGUGUCAGCCAUUGAGGACAUAGCUUUUGUAAUGUUUUUAUUAAUGUGAAUGGACAAAUAUUAAACUUAAAACACUACUAACUAAAUGUAACUUUGACUAAAGGUGUCCAUGCACUGUUUAAAGAAGCAAUGCUCAAAGUGGAAGAAAAGAAAGGAUAAAAAUAGAAGGAAAAUGAGAAUCAGUGUUGCUGUUGCUUUGAAGGAAUAAAAUUUGAUACUGACCUUAUGUUUGUCCUACUUCUACACUAAUUAGUAAUAUAAUAAUACAUAAUAAGGUGUGCUAGUUACAGUAACAAUGACUGUGAGCACUCUAACUUUGUUCAGACAUAUAGUAUAGCGCAACCAUUGACAGCACAAAUCAUAUAUUACAAAUAAAAUCGAAAUGGAAGUGAUUUAUUGUUUUACUGUGGCCGUUGUAAUGUUUCUGUCUAAAAACUGAGCAAAUUGAUCUGUGAUGUAAACUACUGGCUGUAAGACACCAGUGUUACUUUACCAGCUAUUUGAGUUUUUGGUUUGACAGUGAAAACAGCAUGAUUCAGUAUCGCAAAUGUAAAGUAAUAUUCUUCAAAACAGUGAAUGACAGGCAUAGCAUAAAUCUGGUACCAGCUGUGGUUGCUUCCUGGAACACAAAUGCUUCCUGCUGUUAAAAGUUUAGAGUUAAAGUUUGGAGUGAAUUUUUCAAUCUUAAAAAUACAAGUGAUUCUUUUAAAAUAUUAAGGUUACAUGUGAUUGGGUUAUUAUUAUUGUAUGAGUUGCCACCCACCCACCCUCAGGCCUCAGAGGUCCACAAUGUGCAACACAUAUUGAUGUCCUGGUGUCUCUGUAAUCAUUUUUGAUUGUGGUUCUUUUUUUUUUUUUUUUUAAACACAAAUAAUGUGGUGUUUUCAGUCGUAGUGGGUAUUUCACUUCCUUUCUUGUUCAUGUAAAGGGCACAUUAAAAAAAUCAAUAAAAUCUAUAAUAUACAUAUUCA